AAAGCGGGAGCGCGAUCCGCCCCCUUCGUUUGCUCUUCAAGCUGAAAAUGGCAGCCGCGGCGGGGGUGCUCCGAAGGUUACUGAAACCCUCCGGUAAUUGGACCGGUGCCACCUUAUGGAGAGCAAGCGCGAUGGCCGGAAGGUGUUUAGUAGCGGCGAGUGGGCGGAAGUGCACGGCCGACGCGAAGCCCUGGCUGCCUCGGCUCCAUUUCAGUACUAGUACCGCGAGAUUUGUUCCUGCUGUCACCCAGCGUGCUCCAUUUUUUAAGGGGACAGCUGUGGUGGAUGGAGAUUUCAGGGAGCUCAGUUUAGAUGACUUUAAAGGAAAAUACCUGGUUCUUUUCUUCUACCCCUUGGAUUUCACUUUUGUAUGUCCAACAGAAAUUAUAGCUUUUAGUGAUAAAGCAAAUGAAUUCCAUGAUGUGAAUUGUGAAGUUGUUGCUGUAUCAGUGGACUCUCACUUCUGUCAUCUGGCCUGGAUAAAUACACCAAGAAAGACUGGUGGUUUAGGCCACAUGAAUAUCCCACUUCUAUCAGAUUUAACAAAACAGAUUUCCCGAGACUAUGGGGUUCUGCUAGAAAGCUCUGGGCUGGCAUUAAGGGGCCUUUUUAUCAUGGAUCCUAAUGGUAUCAUCAAGCAUUUAAGUGUCAAUGAUCUCCCAGUGGGUCGCAGUGUAGAAGAAACACUUCGGUUGGUGAAAGCAUUCCAGUAUGUGGAAACACAUGGAGAAGUCUGCCCUGCAAACUGGAUUCCAGACUCCCCCACGAAAGCUGACAAGGAAAAUUGCAAAUGGCAAUCACAUGGCCAUGGGGUGCCAUGAUACCAUAAUUGAGGACAGGUCACUGUCCACCCAGACC